GCUUUGAGAUGAGGCAAGAAGAGAAUCGGGCAAUUCAGGUCAAGAGGUUGAAGGGAUGGGCGUUGCGCGAGACAGCUCUGGCGGGGAGCCGACUUCUUUGGAGAAGAAGCGCAAGCGACAGAAGACGGUGCGAGAAGAGGUGGCGGAACAAACCCGACGCAUGGAGAGGAUGAAAGGAUACUCGGAGCCGAUGAUUGGCGGGGAUGACGGUGACGGCGGGGAACGUGCCUCGGGAAAGAGGACGCCAGGGAUGCGUGGCAGAGAAGAACAAGGAGUCAAAAGGAGGCAGUCAAAGCAAGAGGGUGCAACAAGAAGUAAGAAAGCGAAGAGGCCCGGCGGUUUGACCAUCCGUGAAGGACAAGCUAUGGGUGAAGGAGAUUCGGCUCGUCUAGGCAUUGCCACUCCGAGAGAAACUUUAGAGAAAUCUAAAAGGAAACUGGCAGCUGAAGAAGGCGAUGGCCAGAAGAAACCUCGGAGGAGGAAGACUGCUGAGGGGACGAGUGGUGGCGAAAGGGCCGUCGGUAGGCCGUACGACGAAGCGGCAACGUUUUGGCUCGAAUACGAGUGGAACAAUGACGGUGAGGUCAUGGAGAAGGAGCUCCCCAUUCAACUGCUCAUCGACCCCAGGAAGGUCUGCGACAUCCCGCCGUGGAAAAUAUAUUACAAUCACCGUAGUCUCACUCGCGAUGGUGUGGAGGACAUCAAGGGUGCGAUGCUAAGGCAAUUCCAUGAGGAAAAGAGGAAGAUAUGGACAAAAAACCCUUUGGUUCUGGCACCCAUCUACAAGCCUGUGACGCAUAAGCCGGAGAGAGCUCAGAGGGUUCAUAAGGAUGUCUUCAAGCCAGAGGACAAGGACAAGUACUUCUAUUACCCUGUCAGUCUGAUGGAGAACACAAGACAUAAGAUGUUUAAGCAGCGUACGCAGAAGGCCUCUUUCGAGGGCAUGCGGGAGGUAUGGGAGAAUCAAGGAAGGUCGGUGGCCAUUCAAGGGAACCCUUCCGGUAAGGAGGCCGAAAAACAAGCGUUUUUCAACUUCCAUAAGUUGCUUCUGGGAAAAAGUCUGAACGGCGCUCACUGGACGAUGGCACGUAAAGCGACAACGCUCGCCGACCAGGACCACGUCGCUGCCAUUGGCAAUGCAUUGAGGCAGUGGAUACCGCUCGUGACGGCCGGUGAUGAGGUUUUCCGCAAAGGCAUGGAGUUCUACGACAAAUGGGUCGAGGGAAAGUUAUUGGGUAGAGACGGGAAGAUGCCCUUGUCGAAGCCGGGCAAAUACAUGCCCGACAAAUCUCCGAGUCUUCAAGUAAUUCCGGAAAUGGGCGGGAAAGGGGCGGAUGGUGAAACGAAGAUGGGGUGGCUGGUCCGGGUCCCGCCUCCUCCGACCAAAAAGAAAACGCAAUCGGACGACAAGUUUUUCGUCGUCGUGAAGGAGCCAGACAUGUUCUGUUGGCAGUCUCUCGAUGAUAUGACCGAUGCCGAAAAACUAUCGAUUCUCGACGACAUUCUCGCGCUGAGGGAAGUGUUCGUGCAAUCGGCGGACGGGCAUCUAAAACGUCAACAUAAGCCUGGAAUUAAAGGCAUGGUCGUGACGAGGAAAGUGGACCUCGUGAUGCUCCUCAUGCUUCACUACAUCUUGUUCCUUGAAUCCGAGGAGGACGCAGAGGUUUGUCGGUAUGGGAGCCAGUUUUUUCGGACCAAGGAACAACUUCUAGCGGAGUUCGCGCCGCGGGGCCUCACGAAACAGGUGUGGGUCGAAUUGCGGAAGCAUUUCCACGGCGCAGUGGAGUACGUGAACACUUGCAAACGCUGUCUUUCGUACGAGAAGGAGUCCCUUAACGAAACGAAGAAAAUGUACGAUGAUAAGAGGUUCCCUAAAUCUUUCGAGAAGUCCGUCCGCUCCAUCUUGCGACGAACGGAGGAAGAAGUGCAAGACACGAUCAGGGUCAGCGGGGAUGUGAGACACAUGAAAUGGCACAAGAUCAAUCGGGUGACCAGCCUUAUUCCUUUCUGUUGUCCAGCUUCCCAGACUCACACUCGUCUCAUUGAGAUCCAUGAGAUUAUGUGACAUUAUGUGUGCAACUUGUACGUCCUCAAUUUGUGUGAUCCCACACUCCUCUCAGAUUGGCAAGAAGACG